UAAUACAACAAGAAGUAGAAAACAGGAAGAUGUAGCAGAGUAGCUUGUUGCUCUGGUGUGUGAGGUGAAUAUUUGAGGCUCUGCUGCAAUAAAAAACGUCUACCACUUCGGUCUCUGAGAGGGAGGGGAUCAGCUACAGCGACUAGCAGAAAUAUUCUCACCAGGUUGUGGAAACGUCCUCCUCUCCUCAACACUUGGUGCGAGUUCAUUGCAGAACCAGGGAAGAUAUUCUGCGGUGUUCGUCACAACCGGAGCUCCAAAAUCAGGUCGAGCGGUCAGAAAAGCUUUUCCCAGGACUCCCUGCCCUCUGGUUCUGCUGCUGUUUAUUUGGCCUCUCUGUGAAACGCGCUCAUUCCGCCGCCAUCAGACUGAAUAGGUUACCUCUAUCAGACUCGGUCAUCUGAGUUGGUGAUGAUGCAGGAUCGCUGCUCGCUCUCUGAUCCAUCCUGCUCACACUCUCCUACGGAGAAGCCCCGAAUGGGCACCAUGGAGGCAGAUGUUCAACAGAUGGGGCUGGUUAAAGAAGAAGCUUCUGAAGAUCACAGUGCUGGAGUGGACCAGCAGGAUCCAGAACAUCUCCACCUAAAGGAGGAACCGAAGGAACUCUGGACCAGCUUGGAUGGAGAACAGCUCCAUUUGAAUGAGGAGACUGAUCCCGCCAGGUUUCCAUUCACUGUAGUUUCUAUAAAGAGUGAGGAUGAUGAAGGGAACCCUCUUUUCUCACAGCUUCUUCAUCAUGUUCCAACAAGCAUUUCAGCUGACCAGAUGACAGCAGAAACUGGUGGAAGAGCAGAAACUAGCAGGAACCCAGAUCUGAACCAUAAUGAACAGACAUCUGACACUGUAGAGAUUGAAGUUAAUGGAAAUAAUGAUGAUGAUGAUGAUGAGGAGGAGGAGGAUAAUGGCAGUGGUGGUGGGAAUCGAGGCUCUGAGCUAUCAGCUGCUGGGCCUGAAACUGGAAAUGGAGUCAUGAACUGGAAUGAAAGCAGGUCUUCUGAGUCAGAUGUUAAGAUUGCCAACAAAUCCUUUAGCUGCUCUGAGUGUGGUAAAGAGUUUCUCCACAAGUGGUCUCUCCAAAGACAUGUGAGAGUGAUGAGUCAUUCAGUAAUAAGGUCUUCAGGUGGUUUGGUUAAUAAGAAGUGUGUUAGAGUGAAGCAACAUGUAGACUCAUGCAGGGAAGUCCAGAAAGAACCAAAAUCGUUUAGUUGUGAUGAAUGUGGAAAAAUCUUUACCCAUAAGAAAAGUUUAAACAGUCACAUGAGCAUCCACACAGGAGAGAAACCAUUUACAUGUCAGCACUGUGGACAAAGAUUUAGACAAAGUACAACAUUAAACAGUCACAUGAGAGUCCACACAGGACAGAAACCUUUGGUGUGUGAGUUCUGUGGAAAAGGCUUUAGUCAUAGGACAAGUUUAAUCAGACACGUUAGAAUCCACACAGGGCAGAAACCUUUUGCUUGUGAGUUCUGUGAACAAAGAUUUAGCCAAAAGACGACAUUAAACAGUCACAUGAGAGUCCACACAGGACAGAAACCUUUUGUCUGUGAGCUCUGUGGAAAAAGAUUUAGAGUAAAGUCACAUUUAAACAGACACAUGAGAGUCCACACAGGACAAAAACCUUUGAUCUGUGAGUUCUGUGGAAAAAGCUUUAGUUGUAGGACAAGUUUAAACAGACACAUUAGAAUCCACACAGGGCAGAAACCUUUUGCUUGUGAGUUCUGUGAACAAAGAUUUAGCCACAUGACACGUUUAACCAGUCACAUGAGAGUCCACACAGGACAGAAGCCUUAUGCCUGUGAACUCUGUGGAAAAAGAUUUAGUGCUAAAUCAAGUUUAAACAGUCACAUGAGAGUCCACACAGGACAGAAACUGUUUCUCUGUAAACUCUGUGGAAAAAGAUUUGGUCAUAAGUCAAGUUUAAAUAGGCACAUGAGAGUCCACACAGGACAGAAGCCUUAUGCCCGUUAGCUCUGUGGACAAAGAUUUAGCUAUAAGCAAAGUUUAAACAGUCACACGAGAGUUCACACAGGACAGAAGCCUUAUGCCCGUUAGCUCUGUGGACAAAGAUUUAGCUAUAGAGCUCCGGGAGUUGACGUCACUUCUCCCGGCAUGCAACAGUUCAAAUCGAAACGGCGCCAUCUUGGCAUGCAGAAGCCCGCAGCUGGGCUAUUUGUUAUUGUCAGAAAACUCAAACGGGAAAUAUGGUAGAUUCCUGUUGUGCCCCAGGAUGCAGAACAGACGCGGACGACAUAAGGAAUGAGCCGUCUACAGGAUUCCCCACGAUCCGGAAUGCCGCAAACGUUGGAUCAUUGUAAUAAAACGCACUAGUGACCGGGCUAAAAUGAAACUGGGAUCCCGAGAGUAAAGGUUUUCGCUUAUGCAGCGACCACUUCAUAUCAGGUACUUAAACCAAAGUUUCCUCAACUGUGUAUGGUAUUUAUUUUAAAUGCUUUUAUUACGAUUCUUAGUGGGCUUCCUAAACUUAUUUUGGCGUGGCUUUUUCUGUCUUAUUACUCACAGCAACAGGUAAACGUCACGUAAAACGUUGCCUCGUGAGUUCUGCGUGCUGUCGUUUACGUGUUUUAUGAUCACAGCAAUUAACCGGCUAAGCUGUAUUUAAUUUUUAAGCAAUGGUUGAUCAAUUGUCAGAUCACACAUAAAAAGCACUUUGGAUUGCUAUUAUCUGUCUCACUGAGUCAGAUCUCAGACAGAUCCUGAGACGCUCCUGCCUGACAUAUUUAUUUAUUCACGGAAAAAAAUCAGACUAUUGACUUCUCUUGGCGUUCAGUUUAUACUUUCAAACAGCACAGCACUCCAUUUAAACUAAUUACGUGUAAAUCUGUUAUUUGUCCAUCCAUCCAUUUUCAUCCGCUUAUCCGGAGUCGGGUUGCGGGGGCAGUAGCCUAAGUUGAGAGGCCCAGACUUCCCUCUCCCCAGCCACUUGGGCCAGCUCCUCCGGGUAAAUCCCAAGGGGUUCCCCGGCCCGGCCAGGUCUGGUAAGAAGUCCGCUCCGACAGUUUCUGGCGUUUUUAAAAAGUAUCCCAGGGGCACGGUAAGGGUCGGAGAUGUUUAGUCUAUUUAAUUUCUGUCUAUAUAAAACGAUUUCUUCGGUUUUAAAGUGUGAAGUAAACUCCGACGAAGUAAAAUCCAAGCCGAUCCCGUUCAUGUUCAUGUUUACAAUCCGUGUUUGUUUAUCUUUUUUGCCUGCCAAUAUGGCGUCUACUAACUGAGAGUCACGUGGGGUCCGGAGCUCUAUAAGCAAAGUUUAAACAGACAUGAGAGAGUCCACACAGGAAAGAAGCCUUAUGCUUGUGAACUCUGUGGACAAAGAUUUUGUGUAAAAUCAAGUUGAAAUGGACACGAGAGUCCACACAGGACACAAAUCACCUGUGUGAAGAGCAAGUCAUCCCAGAAUCAGCAUUUUUGCUUAAAAACUGUAUAAAUGAGUAUCUAAUGGUGCUGUAUACAAGUGAGGUCAUUAUGUAAGCAUUUUAGUUCAACCUAAAACUGCUAGUGUAGCACCCUCUUCAGGUUUAAACUGCACUACAUUGAAUUUGAAUCAGCCAUUGGUAUUGGCAAAGAGGUAUCCUGUGACAUUGCCGCCAAUAUCAUAUUGUAUUUAUUUAGCUAGCUGAGGCUGAUGUGAGUCCAUGUGAGGCGAGGAGAAUAGAUCAUUGGAGCCCUGCAACUAACUGCUGCUCGGAAAUAACUAAACUCAAAUAUCUGUAGAGACACAAAGUAUUUCGCAGAAAAUAAUCAAUAAAACUAAAAUAGCCAAAUAAAAAAGCUUGCAAAAUAAACAAAGUAAAAAAAAAUAGUCCUUAUAUUUUAAACAGUUUACCAAUAAAUAGUUAAAAACUUAAUACUGGCUAGAAGAAAACACUGCUGAAAUGGGGAAUCAAACCGAGGUCAGGACAUGGCCUAAAAGCUCCUUUAUCAGCAUGGAGAAUUUAGCUGGAGGAUGAAGUAGCUUCAGAUUACAGGAGUUAGUCUUAUUUCCUCAUAUCUGGACAUCUGUCCUCUGAACAGCAAUGCAACUCUACCACUGACUCUGUUUGCUCUGCAACAUUCAUGUUUUAUCUCCACAAAUAACACAAGCCUGAAGGAGUUCUGCUGUAUGGUGGAGUUGCUAUUGCUAACGGUUACCUUCUACUAGCCAAAAUGUUCUCUGCUGUUUCCUGGACCCUAAACCAACAACAGCCUUCCCCAUUAUGAGUCAACAUGGGUGAAUCCAUGAAUGUUAAGUCACAGUGUGUCGUAGAUCUGUCAGGAUGUUCUAAUCCUAGCGUUUCACAGUCAUUAUCGAUCAGACGCUAAUGCAGGAGAUAGGUGUAGGAGACUAUUUUCAUGUUCAGCUUGUAUGAAUAAGAGUGACCAAUUAUAAUCAGAAAAAAAAAUCAUUAAAAUACUUUAUUCAGUGAACCAUACCUUUAAGUAGUUUAUGUAGUGUAGACAUAUGUAUCUUACCAGUGGUUUGUACUUUGUGAGUUGUAUAAAUAUAACUACAGAUCUUUUCAGAUGUUAGCCGGUGGUUCCAGGAUUGGCCCCAGGACCAGGUGUCUCUCUUUGUAUGGGACAGUCCAGCUUGUUUUCCAUUACUUUUCACGUCCUUCAAGUUCAGACAGUGUCCCAUAAUUAACAGAUUCCCAUGUUGUGUUUAAAGCUGCAUUUAGAACCUGCAAACUGGUUGUCAGAGAUGGGAAUUGUGGCAUCAACAAGUCAUCUCCACGCCACGAUUUUGAACAAGGUUCAUUCACUGUGCUGAUUGAAAUCACCUGGUUUAGUUGCUGUGCUGAAGAAAAACAGCAUGGAGAUGACUUGUUGAUGCCUCAAUUUCCAUCUGCUGAUUGUGUGGUGAAAGCAGUGAGGGCUGUCAAUUAAACUGGGAGGCGAAGCUUUAAUGCAAACACAAACUAGAAAAAAGAAACAACAGUGAGCAUGGGGGUGUGAUCGUUUAAGUUGGUAAACUGUUUUCAUUGGUCCAUUUAGGUGAUAAUAAGCUUUAUAACAUUUGAUACAUUUUCUGGUAUUUGUGCUAAAUUUUCUCCAGUAAACAGAAAUAAUGACAAGAAGAACAAUCUGUCAGGAAGUUCAUUAAUAUUCUGAAAUUUGUUCCUGAUGGAUUAAACAAAUUAAACACAUUUUGUCAGAUAAAAAUCAGGAUUAAUCAAAGAUGGCGUUAAGAGAUUUCUCUGUGUAUCUCGUCUACAUCCUACCUGGUCUGAGUUAGUGUUUCCUUUUUAGUUUUGACAAAAACAUGAUCUAGUGCAACAUUCAAUCACCUUUCUGGCUGAUGGUUGUAGAAACAUAUCUACUAGACUAAUAAAUUGGACCAGUUCAUUUAUAGUUUUACAUUGAGAUUGCGAGAAUAAAUGACUGAGAUAUUAUCACUUGACAGGAGACAUGAUGGUGUUUUUAUUAAGAAUGUCUCGUUUCUUGUUCUGUCUAGGGUUGUUAUGAGGAUUUUAUUUAGGAAAUAUCGGAUAAUUAAAUGUUCUUUUUAGUGGAACUUUCCGACUUGUUAGCGUGUAAUCCCUCAUACAGGUGUUGUGUGUUCUGUUGUGCUGUUGGCUAAAGCAGCUGUUACAGCUUGUUAGAUAUAUCUUAGAAUGUUUGUUUUAGAUCUUUUUAUUUUACUUUUACAUUAUUAUUUUGUUUAGUUUCAUGAGACGUCGUUUCAAUCAGAUUAACGCUGACUUUGCUACUAAGUGUUGUUCUAGAUAUUAGAAAGGAUCUGCAUCCUUCCUGCUUUGUUUCUUUGUAUUGGAAUAAGAAUUAAAAACUUUAAUCCAGGACUGGUUUCUCACAGUGUGAUAAAUCUAAUAAAGUCCCACAACAUGACCCCUGCUGUUUCCCACUGCAUACUCAUACUCAGCUUUGUGACUACCUCUGUUGGCUCUCAAGAGGAUUAAUGAAGGGUCUGCUUGGAGACCUGCUUCCACCUCUGGACUUUCACACAGAACACCAACAAAAGCACAUCAGGAGCAGCUUGGAGGCGUGAACAGCUUUUAGGAAACUGGGACAGUUGGUGACUGCAGAGCUGGUGAAAUGUUUGCCUGCUUUAGUUCCUUCACUUCCUGCUGUAAUGGGAAAUAGUAAUGUGGGCUAAAUAAAUUGCUUUAAAAGCUA